AUGUUUCGGCUAUCUAUUCAAAAAUUUAUACUAAAAUCUAAUCCUAUAAGAUCCAACUAUAUACUAAAACCAAGAUUUUUCAAUACUUCACCCAUUCUUCUUAAAAAAAAAUCAACAAAACAAAAACUUCAAAAACAAGAUGAAAAAAUUCAAGCAGAAGCUGCUGAAGAAAUAAUAACUCCAACAAUAGAUUUCCCAACAGUUGAAUCGAAAUUUGAAAAAAUUCUAACAAAAUUUGAAAAACAAGCAAAUGAAAUAAAAUUAGGAAAAUUAAAUCCUAAAAUUUUUGAUAAUUUAAUUGUAAAUAUUGGAAAUCAAAAAGAUGUUGAAGAAGUUCAGUUUAAUACUAUUGCUCAAACUUCAAUAAAGGGAAGAAAUUUUAUAGUUACAAUGUUUGAUCCAUCAAAUGGUCAAUCUUUAAUUAAUGCAAUAAUUGGAUCUGGAUUAAAUAUGAGUGGAACUAUAGAUCCAUCAAAUAAAUUUAAUAUAAAAAUUCCAUUACCUCCAAUAACAUCAGAAACAAAACAACAAAAUUUAAAACAAUUAAAAGAAUUAUUUGAUAAAUUAAAAAAUAACAAGACCAAUUCUUUAACAAGUAUAAGAGGUGAUACAAGAUCUAAAUUUCAAUCAAAUUUAAAAAAUCAUAAAAUUACAGAUUUAGAAAAUAAACAAUUGACACAAUUAGAAAAAUUACAUAAAUUAUAUAUUGAUAAAUUACAUGAAAAAUUUAAAGCUUAUGAAAAACAAAUCCUUAAGUAA